AUGGAUGCUUACUGCGCAGAAAUCCGUAAACUUAAGGCCCACUUUGAUGGUCUUGAGUUCCACCAUGUCCCUAGGGAGCACAAUGUUCCCGCCGAUGUCUUGUCAAAGCUCGGCUUCAAGCGUGCACUCGGCUCCAAGCGUGCGCUGGUUCCAGUUGGCGUCUUCGUACAAGAUUUCCGGAAACCAUCCAUCAAGGUUCUGGACCAGGACCAGGUCAACAACAGCACUAAGGCCCUAGCCGUCCCAACUCCUACUGAUGUCCUGAUGAUUGAGGCAGAAGACAACUGGUACACCCCGUUCAUAGCCUUGAUCACCGACCAGAUGGUGCUAGAGGACAAGAUAGAACAUGAAAAAUUAGGUCGACAAAGUGCAAACUAUGUCGUCAUUAGCAAGGAGCUCUACAAAAAGACCGCAUCCAUAGGCAUCUUGAUGAAGUGCAUUUUGCACUGA